AUGAGAGUGCCUGAAGGAAUGGCAAAUCCACAUAAGCUUGUUUGCAAACUCACUAAGUCCCUCUAUGGACUUAAACAGGCUUCUAGACAAUGGCAUGACAAGCUUUCUCACUCUCUUCUUGCUCAAGGCUUUGUGAAAUCCCACUAUGAUCAUAGUCUGUUUAUUAAGAAGCAUCAUGAAGAUAUCUGUAUUGCAGCAGUGUAUGUUGAUGACAUACUUGUAACUGGUAAUAAUCUUGCUGAAAUGGAGGCUCUUAAGGUUAAUUUGCAUCAUGAAUUCAGUAUCAAGGAUCUUGGUCAGUUGCACUAUUUCCUUGGUCUAGAAGUGGGUUAUACAGAUUCUGGUAUUUUGUUAAGCCAAGGCAAGUUUACAAAGGAACUUCUUUCUUUCUGCAAGUUUGAUCUUUCUAAGAAAGCUUCUACUCCUCUUCCCAUCAAUCUUAAGUUACAUGCUGACCUUGGAGACCUACUGGAUGAUCCUUCUACUUACAGAUCAUUAGUAGGGAAGCUUAAUUUUCUUACAACAAGCAGGCCUGACUUAGCCUAUGCAGUUCAGAAUCUUAGUCAAUUCAUGCAGAAUCCAAGAACAUCCCAUCAUGAUGCAUUGCUUCAUACUCUUAGAUAUGUUGCUUGCACAGCUAGUCAAGGCAUCAUGCUUAAAGCCAGUGACAACUUAUGCCUACAAGCUUUCUCUGAUUCUGACUGGGCAGCUUGUCCAGAUUCUAGGCAAUCCAUCACUGGUUAUAUACUUCUUUUUGGUGGUUCACCUAUUACUUGGAAAUCCAAGAAACAAAGCAUUGUAUCCAAGUCUUCUUCUGAGGCUGAAUACAGAGCUAUGGCAGCUGCUGCAUCAGAAGUAACCUGGGCUGUCAGGUUGUUAGAGGAUCUGGGCAUUACUAAUCUGAAGCCUGUUACUCUCCACUGUGACAACCAAUCAACUCUUCACAUAGCCAAGAAUCCAGUCUUCCAUGAGAGGACAAAACACAUAAAGAUUGAUUGUCACUUCACUAGAGAGAAAGUUCUUGAAGGUCUGAUUCAUCGCACCUAUCUUCCUACUCAGAAACAAUUGGCUGAUAUCUUUACUAAAAUUCUUCCCUCUAAACAGCUCAAUGUUCUUCUUCACAAGUUAGGAAUGUCUACUACUAUCCCUUCCAACUUGAGGGGGGGUAUUGGAGCUUAA